CGCUGCAAAUGCACUUCAGUUCCCGUUCACACCUCAACCCAUUCGCAAGUAUGUUUCUGCAGUUGGUUGGCGUUGUACUAGCCAUUGUGCUGUCGUGCUUGGCAUGGAUCCACCGUCGUUACCACUUUUGGAAGGAUCGAUCCGUCGCCUACAUCAAGCCCCGCUUUCCGUUCGGUAACUUCGCAACGCUCGGCAAGGUCGAGCACAUUGCACCGAUCACCCAGCGGCACUACGAUCACUUCAAGCGCCAGAACGUCCCGUACGGUGGUGUGUUUAUGCUAACCUCGCCGCUGCUCUACAUCUUCGACACGAAGCUGAUCAAGCAGCUGCUGGUGAAAGACUUCCAUCACUUCCCGAACCGUGGCGUUUACUUCAACGAGCGCGAUGAUCCACUGUCCGCCCACAUGUUCGCGAUCGAGGGCCAGAAGUGGCGUACGCUACGGGCAAAACUAUCACCCACGUUCACUUCGGGCCGUAUUAAGAUGACCCUUCCGCUUAUUACGCAAGUUUGUGAACGGUUCUGUGAGCAUCUGAACCAGUCACUGCAGUCCUCUGAUGAGGUUGAAGUGCAUGAUCUUCUCUCCCGCUACACGAUCGAUGUGAUAGGGGCGUGCGCGUUCGGGAUCGAGUGUAACAGCUUCCGGGAGCCGGACAAUGAGUUCCGCCGGUACGGUAAGAUCGCGUUCGACAAGCUGCGCCAUUCGCCGCUGGUCGUGUACCUCAUGAAGGCGUUCAGGGCGCACGCGAACGCCUUGGGCAUGAAGCAGCUGCACGAUGACGUUUCUGGGUUCUUCAUGCGCGUGGUCAAGGACACGGUCGAGUAUCGCGAGCGCGAGCAGAUUGUACGGAACGACUUUAUGGAUCUGUUGCUGAAGUUGAAAAACACUGGGCGACUUGAGGCUGACGGGGAAGAGAUUGGAAGGCUAACGUUCGAGGAGAUUGCUGCACAGGCGUUCAUUUUCUUCACCGCUGGGUAUGACACUUCAUCAACCGCCAUGUCCUACACACUGUACGAGCUGGCGCUGAAUCCUGAGGUGCAAGAACGGGCCCGAGAGUGUGUGAAGCAGACGCUCCAGAAGUACGAUGGGAAGCUUUCCUACGAAGCUGUAUCCGAGAUGAGUUAUCUCGAGCAGUGUAUCAGUGAGACACUGCGCAAACAUCCACCGGUGGCGAUACUGGAGCGUAACGCCGAUAAGGACUACCGAUUACCGGACAGUGGGCUGCUGCUGCGCCGUGGUCAGAAGAUUAUGAUACCGAUCUACGCGAUGCAUCACGAUCCGGCACACUUUCCCGAGCCGGAGCAGUACCGGCCGGAUCGUUUCUCGCCCGACGAGGUGGCAAAGCGUGAUCCUUACUGCUAUCUACCGUUUGGAGAAGGGCCACGUGUUUGCAUUGGGAUGCGAUUCGGCUCGAUACAGGCCAAGUUGGGGUUGGUCAGUUUGUUGGAUCGGUUCCGGUUUAGCGCGUGCGACCGGACCCAGAUACCGGUACAGUACUCGAGGACCAACUUCAUUCUUGGCCCGGCGAACGGUGUUUGGUUGCGGGUGGAGGUGCUUGACGCCACCGACAGCAGUGCACCGCCAAUGGAGCUCGUGGUAACAUCGGUCGUCAGUUUGGGCGUGCUGCUUGCGACGCUCUGUCUGUGCGUGUACCUGCUCGUGGUGCGUAAGUAUUCCUACUGGCGAUCGUACCAUGUACCGUACGUCGAGCCGGAGCUGCCGUACGGCAACUUCAAGGAGAUGGGCAAAUCGAUCCAUCCGGCUCACCUCAGCCAACGGUUUUACGAGCAGUACAAAGCAGUGCCUGGUAGUCCCGGUUUUGUGGGGCUGUACAUCUUUCUCAACCCGGUGCUGCUCGUUACGGAUCUGAAGCUAGCGAAACGCAUUCUGAUCGAAGACUUCCAUCACUUCCCCGACCGGGGUGUGUACUUCAACGAGAAGGAUGAUCCUCUGUCGGCGCAUCUCUUCGCGAUCGAGGGGCAACGGUGGAAGGACCUGAGGGCGAAGAUCACACCCACCUUCACAAGUGGGCGUAUGAAGGCGGCAUUCCCACUAGUGCUCGGCAUUGCCGAGCAGUUCUGUGGCUUUCUGCGCGAACAGUACACGUCGGACGAUGUGGUGGAGGUACGCGAUCUUAUGGCACGCUUCACGACGGACGUGAUCGGUUCGUACGCGUUCGGGCUGGAGCUGAACAGCUUCCGGGAUCCGCAGAACGAGUUCCGGCGCAUCGGGCGCAAACACUUCGACACACCACGCAACCAUCCGCUGAAGGUGUUUAUCAUGAAAACGUUCCGCGGGCCUGCGAACCGGCUCGGGCUGAAGCUGCUGCACGACGAUGUGGCCGCCUUCUUCCAGAGCGUGAUCCGCGAGACGAUCCACCAUCGGGAGGGGCACGGUGUGCGGCGGAACGAUUUUCUCGACCUGCUGAUAAGACUGAAGAACACGGGCUCGCUGGAGGGCUCGCACGAGAUAGUGGGCCGGCUUUCGGGUGACGAAAUUGCGGCACAAGCGUUCAUCUUCUUUACCGCCGGCUUCGAGACGUCGUCCAGUGCGAUGACCUACACGCUGUACGAGCUGGCGCUAAAUCAGGAAGCACAGCGGAAGGCCCGGGAGUGUGUGCUGGAUGCGCUCGCGAAGCAUGACGGAGUUGUGUCGUACGAAUCGUCCAAAAAUAUGCUAUAUUUAGAUCAGUGCAUCUAUGAAACUCUUCGCAAGUACCCGCCGGUGGCAAUAUUGGAGCGAAUCGUCACCAAACCGUACCGCAUUCCGGACACCAGCGUAACACUUCACCCGGGGAUGAAGAUCAUGAUUCCGGCGUACGCGAUUCACCACGAUCCGGACAUCUAUCCCGAGCCGGCCACGUACGAUCCGGAUCGGUUCACACCGGAACGGAUGGCACGGCGUGAUCCCUGUGCCUAUCUGCCGUUCGGGGAGGGUCCCCGGAUAUGCAUUGGGCUGCGGUUUGGCAUGAUGCAGGCACGGAUCGGGCUGGCACUGCUGCUGAAACACUUCCAAGUGCUGCCCUGUAAGGAGACGGACGUGCCCUUAACCUACUCCCCGAGGGCGUUCGUGCUGACACCGGUUAAUAGCGUGCGGUUGCGGUUGGUUAAGUACGAUGCGCACGGGGCAGCGGUAGGAAAUUAGUGUCGUUGAAGGGAAGUCACUUAGGAGGUAAAGAUGGGAAAUGUUAAAAACAAUGAUGAAAUUCCAUGUGUGAAACGUGUAGCUAAUUAAAUUCAAUAUUCCAUAUAGCUUAUUAAACAGAUAAAAUUAAUAAAAUAUCAAAAAUAUUAAGAACAAA